AUAAAUCUCUCUCUCUCUCUCGUAAAAUUGGGAAAAAAAAUCAAACCAGAAAGACUGUUCGUAUGGUCUGAUACUCUGAAUCUCUCACAAAUCUGUUUUAAUGGCAGUUUCUAGGAAGGAAAUGGAUCGGAUCAAGGGCCCGUGGAGUCCAGAGGAGGACGACUCGUUACAGAAGCUGGUCGAGAAGCAUGGCCCGAGGAACUGGUCUCUUAUCAGCAAAUCUAUCCCCGGCCGAUCUGGCAAGUCUUGUAGGCUGCGUUGGUGCAACCAGCUCUCACCUCAGGUGGAGCACCGGGCCUUCACGCCGGAGGAGGACGAGACUAUAAUCCGAGCCCACGCUCGAUUCGGCAACAAGUGGGCCACCAUCGCUCGCCUUCUCAAUGGACGGACCGAUAACGCGAUCAAGAACCACUGGAACUCGACUCUAAAGCGCAAGUGUGGCUCGAUGAUGGAAGGUGAUGACUACUGUAAUAGUGAGGGGUAUGACGGUUAUUUGAACAACUGCCAGCCGUUGAAGCGAUCGGUGAGUGCAGGUUCCGGUGGUGUGCCCGUCUCCACUGGUCUGUAUAUGAACCCUGGGAGUCCAUCUGGAUCCGAUGUGAGCGAUUCUAGCGUUCACGUCUUGUCAUCUUCUUAUGUAUACAGGCCGGUGGCAAGAACCGGCGGUAUUUUACCUCCUGUGGAAACGACGUCGUCUUCUAAUAACUAUGAUCCACCUACCUCACUCAGUUUAUCCCUUCCCGGCGCCGAUUCAAAUGAGGUUUCAAAUCGUGCUACUUCAGAGCCAAUCCAGACGCAAACUCAUGCGGCCAACACAAAUACCACUGUGCCGCUGGUAACGAUGAUGAAACCAUGCCCAGCACCACAACCGGCGGCGGGGACGGGGUUUGCGGGGUUGAGUACGGAGUUUAUGGCGGUGAUGCAGGAGAUGAUAAGGAAGGAGGUUAGGAGUUACAUGAUGGAGCAGAGUGGUGGAAUGUGUAUGCAAGCUGCUGCUGGAGAGGGAUUCAGGAAUGCAGCAGUGAAUCGGCUUGGAAUGAACAAGAUAGAGUAGUGAGUGAGUCAGAGUCAACCGAGUUGAGUUCAAGUGGAUAGAGUUGGAGAGAAUUAGAGGGGGAAGAGAGGAAACUGAGCUGCUGUUUCUCUCUUUGUUUAUUUUGGCUUUAGAGAAUAAUUUAGGGUUCAUGUACAGAGAGAUGGACAGAUGAGGUAAGAACCUGCCAACUGGGGACUGAGUUUGGAUCUACAGAAAAUGUCAUGACUAUGGAAAAAGAACAAGAACACGUCGACUUUUGUGACCUUGUUAUUCAGUUUUAGAGGUCGAGACAUGGCAGACGAAAAUUAUGAGAAAGAAAAUGAAGCUACUAAGUUUGCAAAAAUAUUGAUUAAAAUUCCAAUUGUUUCUUUUUGUUUUUCCUUUGCGAUUUGAGUCGGUGCCUCUUAAUUUGAAAAAAAAAAGAAAGAAAAAAAACCACAGAGAUUUUGAGCCAUGAA